AUGGACGGCAACAAACGUCGCCCUGGUCGUGGCGGUCGAGGCGGCCGCGGCGGUAAGAGAGGCAUGCAUUCGCAAUCUCAAUCUCAUCGCGGCGGAAGACCCAGCCAGAACCAACCUCGUCCUGAGCAGCAGCAAGACACUUCCGAGAAUACCAUUAUGGAGGAUGUUGCUCCUCCCGCAGCCGCAGCUGCCCCCGAAGCAGGUGCCUUUAGCACACGUCGCUUCGACAGUCUUUUGGAGAACAACCAGGUUGAUCCCAUCGUCGUGCGCACCAUCACAAACGAUAUGAAGUUCGAGUUCAUGACACCUGUGCAAGCCAGUACUCUGGACGAGCUUCUUCCUCCCCAGCGCAACGACUGCCUCGUUCAGGCCCGCACUGGAACCGGUAAGACGAUGGCUUUCCUCCUACCUGCCCUGCAGACCAUGAUCAACCAGAAGCGCGGCUCCGGCAGCGGCAUCUCUCUGCUUGUCAUUUCACCCACUCGCGAGCUCGCUCAGCAGAUUGCAGCCGAGGCCACCAGGGUUCUCAAGAACCUCCCUCAGUAUCGCGUGCAGUGUGUCAUGGGCGGAACCAACAAGGACCGCGAAGAGAGAGCUAUCCUCGGCGGCUGUGAGAUUCUCAUCGCUACACCCGGUCGUCUUUUGGACCACAUGUCCAGCGAGGAUAUCCGUUACUCCAUGCGCCACGUUGACACUCUGGUCCUCGACGAAGCGGACCGUCUUCUUGACAUGGGCUUCCUCAAGGAUCUUCGCUCAAUUGUCAAGCAACUUCCUGACAAGGCCAAGACCAACCGCCAGGGCAUGCUCUUCUCUGCUACCAUUGCUCCCCACGUGAAGCAGGUGGCCGAGCUCGUGUGCUCACCUCAGUACAAGUUCAUCUCGACCAUCCCCGAGGGUGAGGUCAACACCCAUGAGCGCGUUCCUCAGUUCCUUGUCCAGGUUCCUACCUUUUCCGACUUGGCGCCUGCCAUGGUGGGAGUCGUUCGCGAGGAGGCCACUCGAGGCCAGGACUUCAAGGCGAUUCUGUUUGCGACUACUGCUGCGAUUGCCGACUUUUACAACAGCAUCCUCGUGGCCACCCCCGGUUUGCCGCCCGUGUCGGUUCUGCACAGCCGCAUGACACAGAGCAAGAGGACCCGGAUUACCAACGAAUACCGAACUGCUCGCAACGCUAUUCUCGUAGCGACCGAUGUUGUCGCUCGAGGAAUGGAUUUCCCUGGUGUCACCGCUGUUAUCCAAGUCGGUCUGCCCUCUGACAAGGAGAGCUACAUCCACCGUCUGGGCCGAACUGCAAGAGCGGACGCUGAUGGCCGAGGAAUCCUCAUUGUCUGCGAAACGGAGGGUUUCUUCCCCAAGUACACCCUCAAAGAGAUCAACUUUCAGCCCCGUGAGGCCGACCUGUCGCCAACUCAGGACGUUAUCGACCUAGCCUCCAAGAUGGAAGACGACGCAAAGGCAAAGGUUUACCAAGCCUGGUUGGGCUACUACAACAGCCACAUGAAGUCUCUUAAAUGGGACAAGACCGAGCUCGUCCGCCAGGGCAACAAGUUUGCGUACACAGGCCUUGGAUCUCCCGAAACCCCAGCUUUGCAAAAGUCCACUGUUGGCAAGAUGGGUUUGAAGGGCGUCAAGGGUCUGAACAUCACGGCCGACCGACCUCGCACUAAGCAUGGAGCUCCUGGCGGCCACGGUGACAACGGACGCGGAAAGCGAGGAAGAAUGUAA